CGUACGUCAAAACAGUGAAAAUUUUUGAUGUCAUUCAAUCAGUGCGAAACAAAUUGCUCCCAAAAAAUUCAAAUUUACUAAAUUUUAAAGGUUUUACUGAAGUUUGAUUGUGUUUAAAUUGAUAAAUUGUGCGUUGUUGCAUCGCGGAACCCAUUCGCAAUCAUGUUUAAAUCCAAUUUCGACAAAACGCUCGAAAGUGCCACCAGUCAGCUGAUUCUGGAACCGGACUGGCAGGCCACGAUGGUUAUUUGUGAUAACAUUCGUCAGGGUGACGUCACCCCCAAAUAUGCGCUAACGCAGCUGAAGAAGAAAAUGUUUUCGGCCAAUCCGCACACGGCCCUGUACGCGCUGCUGGUGCUCGAAUCGGUCGUAAAAAACUGCGGCUCCCCGAUGCAUGAUGAGAUUUCCAGUAAGGCGAACUGCGAGAUGUUCCAGAAUCUGGUCAACAACACCCAGCACGACGAGGUGCGAGCCAAGAUGCUGGAGCUGAUCCAGACGUGGGCGUACGCGUUCCGUUCGUUUUUCAAGUAUCGGUCGAUUCGGGAUACCAUGAACAUCCUCAAGAGCGAGGGCCAUAAGUUUCCAGAACUGAAGGAGGCCGAUGCCAUGUUCGUUUCGGAAAAUGCACCUGAUUGGGCCGAUGGAGAGAACUGUCAUCGUUGUCGAACCCAGUUUACCUUCACCAAUCGGAAGCAUCAUUGUCGUCAUUGUGGGCAAGUUUUCUGUAACGUUUGUUCGUCCAAGACGUCCACGUUGCCGAAGUUUGGGCUGGAAAAGGAAGUCCGGGUGUGUGAUGGCUGCUACGCUCAGCUGCAACGUCCAACAGCUACUUUGACAAAGAAGCCAACUGAGGAAGAAGAUUUGCCAGCUGAAUACUUGACAAGUUCUUUGGCUCAACAAGCUCAGGCUCCGGCUAGAAAGUCGGACGAGGAACUAAGGGAAGAGGAAGAGUUGCAACUCGCCUUGGCUUUGAGUCAAUCGGAAGCUGAAACUAAGAAAGCAUCCCAAGCGAAAAGGCUUACUGCAACAACUUCCACUUAUAAAGCUCCGGAACCGACAAAGGUUCAACGAAGCCCGAGUCCGGUUGAAGAACCACCAACUGAUCCGGAGUUGGCUCGAUAUUUGAACCGCAGUUAUUGGGAACAACGGCAGGCAGCUGACUCUCCAGCUUCUCCUUCAGCUCCGAGUCCCAUGCCUAGUCCAAUGCCAGUCCAGAUUGCUAACAUAACGAUUCCCAAGGUUGGAAGCGAUGAUCCGGAACUGAACGAAUUCUCCCACUCGAUGAAAACCCAGGUGGAGAUUUUCGUUAAUCGUAUGAAGUCUAACUCAAGUCGUGGUCGCAGCAUUUCGACUGAUAGUUCCGUGCAGACUUUAUUCAUGAAUUUAACUUCUCUGCAUUCGAGGUUGCUAACCUUCAUCAAGGACAUGGACGACAAGCGCAUGUGGUACGAGCAGUUGCAAGAUAAAUUAACUCAAAUUAAAGACUCCAGAGCUGCGUUGGACGUUCUUCGCCAGGAACAUCAAGAAAAACUUCGUCGAAUUGCUGAAGAGCAAGAACGCCAGAAGCAGCUUCAGAUGGCCCAAAAGCUGGAAGUUAUGCGAAAGAAGAAACAGGAGUAUUUGCAAUAUCAACGACAACUCGCUCUUCAGCGUAUUCAAGAACAGGAACGUGAAAUGCAAAUGAGACAGGAGCAACAAAAAGCUCAAUACCUCAUGGGCUCAGCUUUUCCAUUUAUGCCACCGACUGGACAGCCUCAGGGAUCCCCGGUCCACAUGGGUGUCGGUAAUUAUCCGGGCUACGGCUAUCAAGGAACGCUACCCCAUUACGGCCCUCCUGGCACUCAACCGGGCAUGCCGCCUCAAAUGGGACCGCUGUUUUCACCGCAACACGGUCCUCAACAACAGUACAUGCCACCGGGAAUUACUCAAGGCCCACCGGGCUCAGAUUCUGGUAAUACAACGCAGCAACAACCCGGAGGAAUCGGUCCAGGUUCGGCUCCUCAAACGGGACCCCCAGGUGCCAUGAUGCCCCCAUCCGGAGGAAUAAACAUGCUACCGCCACCUGGCCCCUCGGGAAUGAUGGGUGGACCACCCUCACAACCGGGGAUCACCCAUCCCUCCGGUAUAAUGCCACCAGGCGCUGGAAUGCCACCACCCGGAAUCGCACCAGCUGGAAUGCCCCCGACAGGGAUGGCUCCCCAUCAAGAUUUGCCGCCACAGCAAGCUCAAGUUCCACAAGGUGGACCUCAACAACAAAUUCCUUCGCAACCGCAACAGCAGCAACCACAGCAGGUUCCACCACAGGUUUCCCAACAAGCAGUCCCCGGUCCAACAUCGGUAGUCCCACCACCACAACAGGCGCCGGCACCAACCCAAGCAGCAGCAGCUGCUGCGGACCCUUCAACGGCACCUUCGGCACCGGAUCCGGCCACGGCUGAGCUCAUUUGCUUCGAUUGAAAUCCUCCAUCACUCGAAAAAUAAUAUGAUAAUGGCACACAUUAAAGUACAUAUAUUAGAAACUACUUUUGGGAUACACUUUUUAAAAUAUUCCUGCAAAACGUCUCCGUUUCUGUUAUUAAUCACAUGAAAUAUGAACAAAACUUAUAAUCGAUGAACAUUAAUAUAUCUGAAUAAAACAUUA